ACCUCCCCAUUUACAAUAAAGGAGUUACUAGGGGGGGGAAAUGUUUCAAGGCAGGGAAAAAAGAGCCGGCCACUGAAGUGUGUUUUACGCCUCUUCCUGAACAGAUAUUCGAUUAUCAGGAUGUGAAACAUUGAAUACUGUUUAAAAAAAAAAUCUGUGGACACAAACACAACACGAUGCGGCUUUAGAAUACCAAAGACAAGGCUUUGAAAUGGCAUGAACUAUGGCUCAGCUGUACUACAAAAGAAGUGACAAUGCACCGUACAGAGACCGAAUUUCUCUCCGAAUUGUGAGAGCAGAAUCUGAACUGUGUCCUGCAGAAAAGGCUUACCUGAAUGCUGUUGAGAAAGGUGAUUAUGCAAGUGUCAAACAAGCUCUUGAAGAAGCUGAGAUUUAUUUUAAAAUCAACAUCAACUGUAUUGACCCUCUGGGACGAACUGCACUUCUCAUAGGCAUUGAGAAUGAGAACUUGGAAAUUAUUGAACUUCUGCUGAGUUUCAAUGUGUAUGUAGGAGAUGCUCUUCUCCAUGCCAUCAGGAAGGAGGUUGUUGGAGCUGUUGAACUACUAUUAAAUCAUAAGAAACCCAGUGGAGAAAAGCAAGUUCCACCAAUACUACUGGAUAAACAAUUUUCAGAAUUUACGCCAGAUAUUACACCUAUAAUUCUUGCAGCACACACCAACAAUUAUGAGAUCAUAAAGCUUCUUGUGCAGAGGGGAGUCUCUAUACCACAGCCUCAUGAAGUUCGUUGCAACUGUGUUGAGUGUGUUUCCAGUUCAGAUGUUGACAGUCUACGUCAUUCUCGAUCAAGAUUGAACAUAUACAAAGCCUUAGCAAGUCCAUCUUUAAUUGCUUUGUCAAGUGAAGACCCCUUUCUUACUGCAUUUCAUUUGGGCUGGGAGCUUCAGGAACUAAGUAAAGUGGAAAAUGAAUUUAAAUCGGAAUAUGAGGAAUUAUCACAUCAGUGUGAAACGUUUGCAAAAGAUUUAUUGGACCAGACAAGGAGCUCUCGGGAAUUAGAAAUAAUACUUAAUUAUAGGGAUGAUAACAGCAUUCUGGAAGUGCAGACUGCUAAUGAUCUUUCCAGGUUAAAGUUGGCAAUUAAGUAUCAUCAGAAAGAGGUAAGAAUAUUGGAAAGCAAUCAGUUAUUAUUUAACUUGUGUGGCCUGACCACAAGACUGCAUGCUAGAAAUAAGUCUUUAGAUGGGUCGGCAACUUUCAAGAUUUAAUGAAAUGUGAAUUCAUGUAGAAGUAAAUUGCAGAUGCUCGUCUUAUUUUCUUCCACCUUCAUACUUAAUGCCUAAUAAAUUUGUAUUGUUACGAGAGAAGUGAAAGUUAAAGACAAAAGUACAGUAAUUUUAUUUCCUUGCAGUAAUUAAUAUUAAAGUAUCAAAGUAACCACAAUACAAAAAUAGAAAUUUUCACCAAGACUAUAUAAAUUGGAUGGUUGUAAGCCGUUGUGGGUUUGAAUAAUUAUAAUUAAAAUCUUGGAUACA